GCUAAAUUUACCAAACUUUACGUUGUUUCCUGAGCUCUCACAAUUGGCCAGCCCUUGUCCGGUUAGAGAGUUAUAAGGUUUGGAGAACCUCCUUCCACUUUUAAACUUGUUCAUGCCUUUGGAGUGCAGCAGUGGAGAGCGACAGUGAAAGAGACGCAAAGGUUCUGGUGCGACUUUGACAAGAAAUAGCUUUUAUUUCACCAAACGAUGGCCUUAUCCGGAGUGAUGCUACCGUCAUUUUCAACAUUCACAAACCAAAGAGAAAAAACCUAUGAAAACAGGUGGAAAGGAGAUAUGGACAAACUAGUCUCCAACAGCAGCUGCUCCAUGAUGGAAAUGGUACACAACCUGGACAAUCACAGCAAAAGGGACGACGAGGAUCUGAGUAACUACUUAGAUCUGGAUUUUAUCCUCGCCAACACGACUGGCUCUGACAGCACGGCGGAAUUUGUGGGCACAGCCGACCCCAGCAUGUACACGGCGGGAAUCACUGUGCCAUCCUACCCGGGAGACGACCACCGCUCUCCGCCGCCGCCGUACGGCGCCAGCCUCAUGACAGAGCUGCUCCGCUCCGAGGGAACCAGCAGCUAUGACAUUGCCCGCAACUCCUGCUUUCAGGGAAGAUUUUAUGUCAACACGGCACAUUUUCCCCGCCAGGAAAUCAAAGUUGAGCCCCCUAUGGACGGUUACGGCCCCGUUUUAGGCAUGGUGCCCCAAAGCUGCAAAAUCAAGCAAGAAGGGAACGUUUCGUGCAUGAUGUCUUUUGAGCAGCCCAGAGUGGCCAUCUCCCCACGAGCAUCCAGCAACAUGACCCCGCCUCUCAGCCCUGAUGAGCAGGGAGCCUCAGACUGCCAGGCACAGCUGUGCCAGCCCAUGAACUUCUCUCAGAAGUAUCACACACAGGCGGCUUUCCCGCACCACCACCAGGCUCCACAGAUGCAAAUGACCUACCAUGCUCCGCAUACUGCCUUUGGCAUGUACGAUGAAGGGCUCAGCAUGCAGCCAGGCGCGCAGAGGGUGAUGCUCACACCGCCCUCCUCCCCCCUUGAGCUGCUGGAGUCAAAACCAAAGAGAGGGCGGCGCACAUGGCCGAGGAAGCGCACAGCAACGCACACCUGCAGCUAUGAUGGAUGCGGAAAAACCUACACCAAGAGCUCACAUCUGAAGGCACAUCUCAGAACUCAUACUGGUGAGAAGCCGUACCACUGCAGCUGGGAAGGUUGUGGGUGGAAAUUCGCCCGCUCCGAUGAGCUGACCCGUCAUUUCCGCAAACACACCGGACACAGGCCCUUCCAGUGCCACCUGUGUGAGCGUGCCUUUUCCAGGUCUGACCACCUGGCACUUCACAUGAAGAGACACAUGUGAAGGAGGCCACACAAUGUUAUUUGUUGUUGUGAUUCAACUGAUGUAUUUUUAUUUAAAUUGUUGUCCACAUGACCAAAGUCUUUUUAUAUAUAAUAUUGAAUUAAAAAGUUUAGUUGUAUUAUUUUCUAAUAACGUAGCUGGUACUACUUUGGUUCAAUAAAAAAGCUUUAGAAAAGCUUUGUUUGCUUUAGAGCAGGAAGACCAAGAAGGGGCUGGCCCUGUAUAUAUUACUCCUAUUUGACAGAACUGGAACGCUGUGUUUGACACAAAAGUGCCUUUCUAUGACUGUGCUACUGUAAAACUCUUAGUGACAGAACGACAUGGCCACAUUUAGUACAUGUUCUUAUUGACAGGGGUGAAAUGCACAUAGUUGCCUAACAUGUGCAGGGACAAUGUUUUAUUUAAACUGCCUCUCAAUGUCUGAAUGGCCUGAACUGCUUUAUUUUAUUGCCUUUUCAUAUUUGGUGUCGAUGUUGUCUCUAUGUGAAUAUCUUGGAUCCAGCCCCUCUGUUCACUAUCAGGGCUUGAUGUCCUGUGCAUUAUUUUUCACUUAAAUUUGUAUAAAUAUGUACAUGGUUUUAUACUGUAAAAUGUAUAUUUAUUGUAAAUAUUAAAAACAAUGAAAUUGAACACUUGACUGGGGACCUCUUCUCUUUCCAUGAAUGUCAAGUCAUUGCAUAUCUUUUUCUCACAUUGUGUUUAAUGAACCACAUCCACCCACUCAACAAUAGCUUUCACAUGCUGUGCUUACUACGACUUUAGUAGGCCUGCAGACCAUCAGAUCAGUAAGACUAAAUAGGUUAUACAUGUUGCCAUUGUAUACCCACUUUAAUUUUAAAACAUGGGCACUUGAUUUCCACUGUGAUGUUUUGCAGCUGCAAGACAGAAGGGCAGCCGCUUGUGGGCUUAGCCUAUAAAUACAAACACUCCAUUUCCAUAAUUACAGAGUGAGCCGGGAGCCGUCUGGACAGAGGGGCACACAGCAAACCCUCAUCAGGGAGCCCUUAGACUCCCUUUCUGAUGGGUAGAAAUUAUAGUAGCACAUCAAAGGCCCUUAAUACUACAAUUACACAGAGUCACUGCACUACAGUUUCAAAGUAUCUAAGUCUGUGCAUAUUAUGUCUGCAUGGUGUCAGGGAGCAUUUGUUUCUCCCGCAUCAAAGGCUGCAUCGAGUAGAUAUAUCAAAACCAGAUGGCAUUUUGAAAAAGUACAUAUUAAAUGUUUUUCUUCAAAUAAUGUGGUUGGUUGGUGAUUGACAAAGUAGUCUUUGUUUUAUUAUGACAAUUCUAAAACUUCAAAAAUAAAUUAAUAAAACCACACACUUCAAAAGCGGAAUUUCGCAGUUGAAGAGUAUCUUCAAUUCGCCCACAACAAUAAAAUGUACAAACUGAAUGUGACUUAAAUGUGCUGAUUUACUUACCUAGAAUGUAUCUUAUUUAAAAAAAA